GCUUUUUCACAUGUCAGAAGUGAAUUUUGUCAGCACGUUGUGGUCCACGUUGGUGCACGACGAGCUAGAACGAGUCAAAAGCGUCCCCGAACUUGCAGCCACUUUACUGCGCAAACACCCUGACACAUGCGAUCACUCCGAGUCCAUAUCGAAGCUGGUGCAAGAUGCACGCUCUACAUACGCGUCUGCUGCAUACUAUCGGGCUGUGGUGCGCUAUGUCGAUAGUGCACAGGCAAGUGAUGCUCUCAAACGCAUACACAACUUUGUCGACGAUUUAGCAUCAGGUCAAAUUAGUAUGAAAAGUUCCAAGCGAGCCAAACAGUUUCGGGAGCUUGGGAAUCGUCUUUUCAAACUUGGCUGUCUACCAUCUGCUGCUCGGGCCUAUCAGAGCGGUCUUUUAUACGCACCGAAUGCCUUUCCUUCAAGAGCUCAGGACGAACGUCUUGAUGAGGAGUCCAUGGAAGCGUGUUUGUUGCAUGGCAAUUUAUCUGCUGUCUUACUGAAACAAAGCAUGCACAUACCGUGUUUGUGGCAGUCUUUGAUGGCUCUUCAGCUGCACCUUUCCCGAGGACAACCAACACCACCAAGUAUGGUUACUCGAUUAUGGUCUCGUGUGCAGCGUUGUAGCGCCGCUAUCACACAUGCGCCUUUUUCUAUUGUCGGACAGUGCGAAGCGCCAACUUUGAGUUUCGUUAAUGAACUGCAACAAGCGAUGAUAUCUGGGGAUUUCGAGUGUUCUGACCACCAUCUGUCCUUCAAUUGUGAAUUACCGGAAGCCAAAUACGGCUUUCAUUCUUCCUAUCCCGGACUAUCUGCUGGGCUUGAAGUUGUCCAAUCACCGUUAAAAGGUCGGCACGUGGUUUCCACUGCAAUCUUCGAGCCCGGCGAGGUGAUGGCAGUCGAGCCUGCCUCCGGAUGGACAGUCACUCCGUCUCGGACAGCCGAAUCAGUUCCCGAUCGCCUGCUGAUCCUACCUUCCCAACGGAUGUCUAAAUGCAGCGCUUGUUUAUCUCCCCUUUCUUCCAUCGGUUUUGUAUGUCCUUGGUGCUAUGGUGCAGCUUAUUGUGCGGCCCCUUCCGCUUGUUACACCACAAGAAUCCAAGUGUCUGGUACGAAUCCGGCUUUUCGGCAGCCAUUAUGGCAUGAAUCUGAGUGCCGCUUUACGUUCCUGUUGAACUCCACCGGACUCGGACACUUGUGCUUCCGUCUCGCCUGGCUCCGUCGUCAGAAUGCAUCUUCCCUCGCAUCCGUCGGCGUGGUUACGGUCGAUGACUUAGUGGAACACUUUGAAAAGUUCACGGUUGUCGAUCUGUUCGAGUAUGCCCUCACCGCCUGGCUUUUGUCCAAGAUUCUCGCCAACUGCACUCCAAUUGGUGUUGACCGUGAGAUGAUCGAUGGGCUAUGGUGUUUUGACACCUUGCGGCGAUUGCAACUGAAUGCUCAUGCACUCACUGAAGUGCAAGAUGCCACUCCUUUGGAGCUGGAUGAAGCCACAGUUGAUGAUGCUGCUACCUCUAUGCUCAUUCUUCCUCAUCUGCGUCAGGUUCGAGUCGCGACUGGCUUGUUUCCUUGUGUGAGCUUGCUGAACCAUGCCUGUGAACCGACGACGUCCAUUUCAUUUCAAGGCAGUUUCAUCAUAUUGCGCUGCACCAAGCCCGUCAAACCUGGUGACGAAGUGUUCACGUGCUACGGGCCACACUUUCUGCAUGACGUAUCUCGGACACGAAGACGCGCGCAACUUCGCAAGCAAUACUUCUUCGAAUGUGACUGCGAACACUGCACCGAUUCACGUUGCCAGCAUGAUGGGACGCCUGAUGCAACCAGAUUGCUUCUGUGGGAGUAUGUCUUGUCGGAAGUCGCUAACGUGGGGAAAACUGAUGCAUCUCUCAACCAUAUUCAAUUUUUAUGGUUGAAGGCAGUCGAUGUCGGUACGAUCGGGUGUGAAAUUUGUGGCGGGUAUUGGUGGCCUGAGGAAACGAAACCAGGUGCCUUAUUUGACACAAUAGCCGCACACUGCUUUGCCGCAGGGAAGCUUACUUCAGACACCGAUGCCAGCUUCAAUCUGAACCUAGUGGGGUGGUUCUGUUCGCUUUACUCUAUCGCCUGGGUAUUCCAACACUAUGGCCCCACAAGUCCGGAAUACGUUUGGGAACUGGUGAAUUUGAUCCGAACAGGUUUGCUCAUCUUCGGCGAGUGGCCACGACUGAAGCGGCCGAAAACAGCCUAUCUUCGCCUACCAGUGAAUCAGGCCGUCCCACCAACUUUAGAAGAGGUCCUGGAUCGCAUCUAUGCUGUGUCAAGCAUACAUUACGGACAUGCACGAACUGUGCGAAUGUUACGGCUUCUGUAUUCCAAGCACUGUCCUUCACACUUUGAAAAGUACAAUUGAAUUCUGGUAUUUUAUGCUUCUACCGAGUUCCAAUUCGCCUUGAUUUUUGCAAUCAGUUGUCCAUUCACGGAUUCCUUGACUGUCCUACUCUUCUUGGUCCUCUCACCUUGGCUCUAUAAUUCCGACCGCUCCAAACCCCCUGUUUUGAUUGGGCUGCGACCGUUCCCUUCGGUACUCGAACCUGGUGCAUGGAAUCUAUUAGUCAAGCUAAAAUAAACUUUAUGAACCG